CAGCUAUUCAGGGCUAUUUUCGAUCCUCCCAGGCAGUGCUGUUUCGUCGAGUCUGGGGCUGCAGAUCGCCAUCCUUCAGCACCGCCCCCAUCUAUCUGAUCAUUGUGAUAAAUAGCUUCUACUUUUCGUCGAAAUCAACUCCAUCGUCAAUCUCAGUCUACAAUCAUCUCUACUAUAAUCUACUCUACUAUCUAAUAUCAUUUUCUACACCUUUACAAUGCAGUACAAGUCCCUCGCCCUCGCUGCCGCCCUCUCCGGCGUUGCUUUGGCCGCCCCAGCUCACUCUGACACCACCACUGCUGCCUAUACCGACUUCACCGGCACUGCAACCGCCUCUGCCGACUGGACCAACACUGCCGCCACCCCCAGCUCGACGCCCAGCUCGAAACCCAUUCCACCAACAGUUCUUGUCGAGGAAAACAAGGAAGGCCAGUGCCGCUUCCGAUUCUACAACGCACUCGGCUGCAACGGCGAGUCCAGCCCUUUCGGCGUCAAGGGCGACAAAGGCGAAUGCGUCAGCGCCGACGACGAAACAGCAGUCAACGUCCCCGUCUGCGACGGCAGCGCAUUCUACUUCUUCAAAGACAAAACGGUCUUCAAAGACCAGAAGGUCAGCAAGGGUGAUGUGAUUCUCUCGAACAACCACGCGAUCGCCCAGUUCCAUCUCCGUAAGGCCCUGCCUGGAUAUUUCGUCCAGCAGGCGGCUGUUACUCCCUCCGCGUCUAUCAGUGUUCCUCACAGCACUCCUACUCCUACGCCUUCUUUCAGCCCUAAGGGCGCCCCUCAGUAAGCUACUGAUGUGUGGUGAUUGGGUGGUUGAUGCUAAAGGGGAAAUAUUGAGGAGUUUGGAUAUAUCGGAUUGUAUCUGUAUAGAAUAUGUUUAUGUUUGGAUGGAUUUACUUUGCUCUAAAAAUACAUUUGAUCGGAUAAAUAUUACCUCGCACUCUGCAUAAUAUAUCUGCCUAACAUCAUAGUUAUUUACAUUUUAAC